GUGCUUUCUUGUCCUUUGCACCUCUGAUCUGUUUCUCAAGGAAAUAUGGUGAGCAAAGAGGACACCAAAUACAUUGUUGUCUCAAAUUCAGAUGAUUCAGAUUCCGAGACAGACCCAUCACACAGCCUUGAUGCACAGUCUGGACCAGAAUCCGGCAAGCCGCAGGUGAAGAAAAGAAACAAAGCCUUACAAGUGCGUUUUAAGGAUAUCUGUGAUGCUCAGAAUGAGUAUCGGGGAAAGCGCUCAAGAUCCAUUUCCUGCAAAGUGACACACAGAAAGUACAUGACCAUGCCUGCCAGACGCUCUAUUCCAAAUGUGACCAAGAGUACUGGUGUCCAGACCUCGCCGGACCUCACUAAGAGAUACAAGACUUUCCCUUUUGAGAGGAAAAAGGGACAUACAUUUAAACAUACUGCUUUGGUGGAAGAUUAUAAAGGACAAAACAAUGGUUUUUUGAGUGAUAUAAAGACCGGAGGAGAGGAUGGACAGCCUAUUGGGGAGUCCUCCAAGAUUGUGGGGCAGACAAAAGCAUUGCUUCACCACACUGAUGACAGUAGUGACAUAGAGGAUUUGCUUGCCAGGGCCAACUGUGUGGACGGGCCCUCUCGUCCAGACUCUUCACAUUUCUUGGAAGAGUGCCAUCAGACUAGCCCUCCUUCCAAAAGAGAAACAGAGUACCAGGUUUGUGGGACAAGGACCAAACACAAAGGAUUACCCAAAGAAGACGUGGACGCUGGCACUUCCGCAAAGCGCCAGUUGGCUUACUCAGAGUUUUCACAGGACAAGUCAAAGGGCACAGGCCCUGUUGUGUGGAACUCUAUGACACAGGUGGAGUCUUUAGGAAGCCCGUCUGUGAGCUGUAAACGGAAAAAGGGUACAGAGCUUAACGAACAGCAGUCACAGACGCUUCCUCACAGUGCCAAAUGUUCUGUGCAGUCACAAGGGCAGUGUCGGACCAGGCAUGCGUCAGCGUCCUCUAAACUCCAGCAAACAGUUGGGGGGGACGAGGGCUUUCCUCCAAGAGACACAGGAGCCCCAGGCAUGGGGAGCAGCCAGCAGAUAAUGCCCUCAUCUGGAGACAAGGAUAUCAAAGCGCAGCUGCAGGCCAUGGAGAGCCUCAUCAGUUCGAGCCAGGAGACCAUCAAGGUCCUACUCGGAGUUAUUCAAGAGCUGGAGAAAGGUGAAGCACAAAGAGGAGGGCUCACCUACCGAACAGGACAAGACACAGCAAAUUGUGACACUUGUCGAAACAGCGCAUGCAUCAUUUACAGUGUCGAGCUGGACUUCAAGCUGCAGGAGGACAAGCUUCAGCCCCUGAUUAAGAGACUGUGCCCCGUGGAUAGCCAACAAUUUCCCGCUCUGCCUUACUCCAAUGAAGUGUUCACAUCCACCCCGAAACGCAAGUCCAAGACAGAGUCCAAAAAGCAUGCUCGUUGGAAACUCUGGUUCCUUUGAAUAAAACAUAAAGGCUUUGGAAACAGCCUUUCUGUCGGGCACAUUCAUACCCUUGUUGUUCUGGAAAAAUGGAUGAGGGAAUAUUCAGAGGGAAUAAUCAACAUAUGAGGAUGGAUAACAACAGAAACCAGUUCAUUUGGGUCGCUGAGUUGAGACUGCACAUUAUGUCAGCUGGGGCACAGCAGAGACAAAAAAAAACAUUUUAAAUUCUGUCAAACCUUUUUCUGGCAAGGUUGCUGAAGAGGAUGGACAAACACCUGCAAAAAAAAAACUAGGUGAGCUUUGGGAUACAUGUAUGUUUCUAAACUGUGUAAAGAUGGAUGUUAUUUAUCUACUGGGGUAAAUGCACCUCUCUUUAACCCUAACCCUCUCUUUAUAUGUGUGUAUUUUUAUUGCCUUCUCCAAUGCAAUGCACUUUUGGUCUUAUUCCCUUAGAGCAUAUUGCUUGGCCACAAGAGGAGGCGCCAUGUGGAGGGGCCUUUUUUUAAGUGAAGCUAUAAUCUUUGAAUGGACAUCAGCCCCACCGCCGGCAAAGCACAAAUAUUUGACUAUUGAGAAGAACAUGCGUAAAAGACUGAAAUACAGUACAGUACAUGGCAAUGUGUCAGCGCUGUACUUAUAACCCCGUCUAUUCUCUCCUCUUCCUCCUUAUCUGUUAACACCCUGCUCAGUUUGUCUGCCCGACUGAACGUCUGCCUGCCUUUGUUAAUAACCCCUGUCUCCUCCCUCUCUUUGUAACUCUGUCCCUUUAUCUCUCUCUGCCUUUCUAUCUAUCUCUCCAUUUAGCUCACUGUGCAACUAAUCAACUAGCCAGCCAACUUUGCCUCAGUCAUCCUGUCCUUUUCUGUUGGCUACACUGACACAUAAUGUUCAGAAUCUAUAUUUUAGAAUAUCUGCUUACUGUGAAAUGAUAUUUUAAAACAUAUAUGUUUGGGCCCCUCCUCUUGAAGCAGGUACAAUUGUUGAAAAUGCAGAAGUGUUCUGGGUUAGGUCAUGAUUUUUAACAACAUAUAUAAUGUUUUGACUACUUCUAAGGCAGAAUAUUUUCUAUGAUAUCUUAAAAAGUGUUUUGUUUUUUAAAAAUAUCCAACAAAAAGUAAAGGCUAUUUUGACA